GGUACCGUGGCUGUGAUAUGGGUUUCGGCACGUUCAAUGGCUGACAUAAUUUUGUCGCAUCACGUUUCUGGCGCAUGUGAAUGCCAAGAGUAGCAAUCAGUAUGAUUCCAUGAUGAAAUACAAAUUGGAUUGGUUCUGUACACUUCUUCUAAUGUUCUAAGUCAUCAGCCAGGGGGACAGGUAAUAUUUAGAGAGGCGCGGCCAGUAGCCGGCAAUUCCCUUUAGGCCCAUCGUUGGACUGAAAAGGUGCUUCUGAUACUGUUUGCCAUUCUGCUCAGUGGCAGAAACAGGGAAACUGCACAUGAUGCAUCCAAGGCUACCACCAAGCACCAUUCGCUUGUGCUACUUGUGGUCUUCGAGGUCCAUCCUACACUGUGGUUGUGUGCUUAGGAUUUCUCCUGUGCUAGUUGAUCGCCACUGCAACUCUUAUCAUACUUUUGCCUGUGGUCUACACCGACGAUGUGCUGUUGCACAGCACCUGCCUGUGUCUUCAGUCCAGAUUGGUUGCAUUCGGCGGCCACUGACUAUCCCUUCUCGAUGUGUAAUGGAAAAGGAGUCUUCAAAAGUUGAGGGAACAGUAAAGGCACUCAAAGAGACUGAAGAGCCAUCCAGGACCACCGAAAUAAUUGCUCCUCUACAGGCACCGCCAAAACGUUCCUUGGGGAAACGCAUAUGGGAUGAGAUGGUACACUACUACCACGGUUUUCGUCUGCUCUUCAUUGACAUUCGAGUCUCAAGCAGGCUCGUGUACAGGAUACUUAAUGGAGACGACUUGACACGGCGGGAACACAAACAGCUUGUACGAACUGUCUCAGACCUUUUCCGUUUGCUUCCGUUCUCUGUAUUCAUCAUUGUACCAUUUAUGGAACUGCUUCUUCCUGUCGCCUUGAAGCUUUUCCCGAGUAUGUUACCAUCCACAUUUCAGACGUCAUCAGUAAAAGAUGCAAAGCUGAAGAAGCAGCUGAAAGUGAAACUUGAAAUGGCAAAGUUUCUACAACACACUCUGGAUGAAAUGGCUGUCAAGAAACGUGGUGAAACACAUUCUCACACUGCAAAGGAGUUUGCAAAGUUCUGUGAAAAGAUAAGGGAAUCAGGAGAACCAGCAACAAAUGAUGAAAUCCUGAAGUUCUCCAAGCUGUUCGAAGAUGAAAUUACCCUGGACAGUUUGUCACGCCCGCAGCUUACAGCGCUGUGUCGACUGCUAGAACUUCAGCCCAUAGGCACAAACAACUUUCUACGAUUUCAACUUCGAAUGAAACUUAGAAGUUUGAAAGCAGAUGAUCAGAUGAUUAAGAAAGAAGGCAUUGAGUCUUUGACUGUAGCAGAAUUGCAAGCAGCAUGCAGGGCGAGGGGUAUGAGAGCAAUGGGCCUUCCUGAGCCCAAAUUGCGUUACCAGUUGGCGCAGUGGCUGGACCUAAGCCUUAAUGAGAACAUCCCACCGUCACUGCUUCUCCUCUCACGAGCUAUGUUCCUCUCGGAAUUGUUGCCACCAACAGAACAGCUCAAGGCUACAAUCUCGUCGUUACCAAAGGAAGUGGUAACCGAAGCCAAGUACAAGAUUGGAGAGAGAGAAGGCAAGGUAGAUAAUCGUACCAAAAUAGAGAUUAUUCGCCAAGAAGAAGAAGCUAUUGAAAAAGAAAAACAAGAAAUUGUUGAAGAAUCCAAGAGGCUAAAAGAUGCUGCUGAAAAGGUAGCUGUGGUAUCUGAUGGAGCAGUGAGAGAAAUCCUAGAGGACAAGGCAGCCUUACUUGUGGAUAAAGCUGAAGAAUUGGGACAAAAGCCUCCAGUUCCUAAAGUUGAACUCUCCAAGUCAGAUUUUGCUGAUCUAGAAGAUGCCUUGGAAAAACUUUCUGAAGAGAAAAAGCAGCUUCUGAUUGAAAAGGAAGAGCUGGCAGACCUCAAGGAAGAAAUGGCUGACUACAAACAGGAUGUCGACGAGCUGAAAGACGUCAUUGUCAAGACAGGGAAACAGGACAUUCAAGAGACGAAAGCAGCCAUGCGCAUCUACAACAAGGUCAACCGCAUGAUUGGAAAUAUGGACCACUUAAUUGACAAACUCAACGAGGAGAGGAUGUCGAUGCAGCAUGAGCUGGAUGCUACAAAAAAUGGCCACUCAGAGAAAAUGGAAAAGACUAAGGACAAUCUCAUAGAAAUCAACGCCCUUCUCCUGGCUAUUCGAAGGAUACAGAAGUCCUCCAGUGACACUCGACUCGAGAUGAUCACUGAGCUUUUAGACACAUUGGACAUUGAUCAUGACGGAGCUGUGAAGAUUGAUCAUGUGAUGAAGGUGAUUGAUACUAUAGGAAGAGAAAAUGUGAAAGUGAAUCCAGCACAAAUGAAAGAGAUCAUUGAGCUUCUUCUGAAGGAAGAAUUUCUGCACGCCAAAUCGAAAGAAGCGCAAAACCAAGACAAGCAGUCACAGCAACAAGGUGCCUCAAGCGAGGAUACUUCCGUCCCAUUUUCAAGUGACUCCAGUGUAAGAGGGAGACAGCAGCAGCCCAAGAAUUAGUAGACAGGUGCGCCUUGUGUAAAGCAAGACAUUUUAUAGGUAACUUCAGCCUGGACAUGAGCAGUAAGAGCAAAUGAUCUAGCAUUAAGAGUAGCACCACUUGCUGAUGCAUAACUCGGUACAUGUCUGGGUGGCAACUUAGGGAGGUGGUACCAUGUAUGUGUAGCGCAGUGAUUGGAAAGCACCUCUAGGUCAUCUGUGGUGGCAUUAUAACACAUUACGGAAGCUUGUGUAAUGCUCUGGCAUUUUAAUUUAUUCACAGCUGCAAGGCAUCAGAAACAACACAUAUGCAUAUGCUUCAUAGUUCAUAAUGCUGCUUGUUAGGUUUUAAUGCUUGUUUUAACAUGAGGGUUAAAACAGCACUGUAACACAGUCCACCUUCUUGAUACCAGGGCUUGUGUUGACAUUUGUUAUUUUAGAUCUAAUAGUAAAAGCGACAAGAAUUGUAGGGGUUCCGCAUGAAAGAAUAAAGGUGGCUGAGGUGAGUGAACCACAGCCAUUGUGGGCACUUGUUCGUUUGUAAUUUUCUGCUUUGUGCAAGUACUAGGCAAAAUAUACUUCUGGUACUAUUUUUAAUGUUCUAAAAUAUUUUCACUUAAGUUACCUGUACCAUGUAGUAGCACUGGCAUGCUUUCUAUUCUGCUACUGUUUCCCACCAUACAAAUUGGAUGCUAACACUGUUCUUCAUGUAUGGUUGUCUGUGUGCAAUCAAUUGUAUAUAUGUGAUCAAUUACAUAGACAAAAUGUUGUAACUAACACUUGCCUUCAGGAGGUACAAGGCUACAUGUAAUUCUGCAAGUUGAUGUGUUGCAUGAUAUGGAACUUGUCAUUUUGCUAGCAACAGUUUGUACAGAAUGUUUCUUUUCUCACUUGACAUUGCUUGCGCUAUACCAUUGAAGGAAUCUUGGGUAUCGCAGGUGAUGUGGCAGUAAUGCCAGCUCUGCACAGCGUGCUUAAAAGUUUGAAUCAGCUGUAGCGGCCGCUCCCGAGUGCAUGAAAGUUUGUGAACACAUGAAAACAGUUAAAAGGGAGUAUCUUCUGCUGUAAUAUUUAUCCAAGUGGUGUUGUAAAUGAUGAAAAUCUAUAAAUUCUGUAUACUGAUGUAGUGGAAGUCUACCUAGAGAAAUAUAAAUUUAUUCUUGA